UGUGACCGUCCUGUGACCGUGCAGUUUGUCAAUCGCGCCCGCACACUCAUCGCUCAAUGUUCAAUUUAAUCCGCGUGAUAUAGUAUACGCGGAACGAGUGUGUGAUGCAGCUCGGCAAAUAUAAUGAUGACGGCAUCGUCGCGUGUGAAUAAGCGGAGAUGCGAAACACUCGCACGGCUGCAAGCUGCAAUUCCGGAUUUCGUGUGUCUGAAUUAUUCUUCUGGUCUUUUUUUGUUUUUGCAAAAUGACGUCGAAACCGAUGUUUGGCAGCUCAAAAUGGCUCGUUGUAUUAGGAGUGUUUGUGGCAAGCAUAUUGGCUUCCCUUGCUCAGGAAUAUUAUCCUCCACCAGAGAGAUUAACAGGCAUGAAUCCUUGUAUAAGUAAACAAACAUGCCACGAGUGUAUACAGACCCCCCAUUGCGCUUGGUGUGCAGCACCAAAAUUCUCAGAGAAAAGAUGCUUCCUUCCGAAUAUCAACACCAAAAUAUUCGCAACAUGUCCUUCUGAAUACACAUGGAAUCCAGACAAUGUAUACAGCAUGGUACAACAUCGCAAUUUGACGAAAGGUGGUUACGCUGCUGGUGGAGGAGGAGGAGGAGGAGGAUACAUAGAGACUUCGUACUCCAACUUUUCAUCUUCCAGUUCAUCUUCCUCAUAUUCACACAGUUUAAGCAGCAGUGGUGGUAGAAGGCAGGAAGCUGUGCAGAUGUGGCCGCAGGAAGUCAAUUUAAAGCUUAGAAUAAACGAAGCUUACAGAAUGUCCUUUGCUUAUUCUCAAGCCGAGGAUUAUCCUGUCGACCUUUAUUAUCUUAUGGAUCUAAGUAAGUCCAUGGAGGAUGACAAGCAGAAGUUGUCGGAUUUGGGCCAAUUGCUGGUCGAGAGUAUGAGCAAGAUAACCAGUAAUUUCCGUUUGGGUUUUGGUAGUUUCGUUGAUAAGGUCGUCAUGCCAUACGUCAAUACAGUGCCAAAAUCUCUUCGCGAACCAUGCGACGGUUGCGCAGCUCCUUACGGAUACAAGAACAUUAUGCGGCUCUCUCAAGACACGAGCAAAUUUGCGGGAUUGGUGAAAAACGCGUCGGUAUCUGGCAACUUAGAUGCCCCGGAAGGCGGUUUUGACGCGAUUAUGCAGGCGAUAGUCUGCCGAAAUCAGAUAGGAUGGCGCGAAAAGGCACGCCGGCUGCUCGUAUUCUCGACAGAUGCUGGUUUUCACUACGCCGGCGACGGCAAGCUUGGCGGCAUCAUCAAGCCGAACGACGGCCUGUGUCAUCUUGACACCACUGGCCUGUACACUCACUCAUCGCUGCAGGAUUAUCCCAGUAUCUCGCAAAUCAAUCUCAAAGUGAAGCAAAACGCAAUCAAUAUAAUUUGGGCAGUCACCGAGGAACAAAUCAACGUUUAUAAGCGACUGACAAAACACGUAGAAGGUUCGUUUGCUGGCAAGCUGUCGGAUGAUUCAAGUAAUGUUGUGGAGCUGAUACGCGAGCAAUAUGACGCGAUCUCGAGCUCUGUAGAGAUGAAGGAUACCGCCAGCAGCGCAAUCAAAGUUAAGUACUUUUCGAGCUGUCUGGGUACAGGACCGGCGGUCGAAACAUCGAAGUGCGACGGAUUGAAAGUCGGAACAAAGGUGGAGUUUAUCGCAGAAAUCGAGGUCACCAGCUGUCCUGCCAAUAAGUCGGAGUGGAAGCAGAAAUUCGAUAUUUAUCCGGUCGGCAUCAACGAAACUCUCACAGUAAAUCUCGAAAUGCUUUGCGACUGCGAGUGCGAGCGCGAAGGUUCUAUGUAUGAAGAGAAAUCGCCCGAGUGCAACGGCGUCGGUACUCUCAAAUGCGGCGUGUGCGAGUGUUACGAUGGUUUCUUUGGCAAGCGAUGCGAGUGCAGUCCGCAUGAAGAGCUCGCUGGUUUUGAUAAGCAUUUCCAGUUGUGUCGACCGGACAAUACCUCUCUCGUAGACUGCUCCGGUCGUGGCACAUGCGCUUGCGGACAGUGCGAGUGUGAGGAACGCGAAAAUCCGGACGAAGUAUUCUCAUUUUCCGAUUGUUAUAUAUAUACAUUGUUGUAUGUAUA